AUGCCUGGGCCUGAAGAAUCUCCGGCGGGCGACACCCUCCCGGAUCCAGCUCCUUUGUACGUCCUUGUGACGGGGUACGGUCCCUUCUCCACCUACGAGGUGAACCCUUCCUGGCUCGCCGUCAAGCCGCUGCACGACACGUCCCUCCGCACCCUCGACGCCUCCGCCCGGCCCAUCCACAUCACCGCGCUCGAAGUGCCCGUCACCUACACGGACGUCCUCUCCCUCACCCCCGGCUUCCACUCACGCCCACCCGUCCUGCCGGCGCCGCCCAACGAACCUACUUCCGCCUCCUCUCGGCCGCCCGCGCACGGCUUCGACUUCGUCCUGCACGUCGGCGUGGCGGGCUCCGGGCCCAUGCGCGCCGAGAAGCGCGGGCGGAAGGUUGGGUACAACUCGCCGGACGCGGAGGGUAGGCUCUGUCCUGCUAUCCCGACCGAUGGGGACGGGGACGAGGGCGCGCGGAACGCUACGCCGUCGCCAGGCGUGCUGCACAGAUUCGCGCGCAGUCUGUAUGCAUACCUGAAAUCGCCCACGCGAGGAUUCGGGAAGGGAUACGAGGACUUCCCAGAAGAACUGUUCACCAAAGUGAACACGGAAGGGUUGCUCCAAUAUCUGAAGGAGACUGGUUUCACGCAAAUCGUGCCGUCGACGGAUGCGGGGCUGUAUCUCUGCGAGUUCAUCAACUACUGCUCGCUCGCGGAGGCGAAGCGGGCCGCGCCAAAGAAUGAGAGCGGGAAGGCUACGCCGACAUUGUUCCUGCAUUGUCCGCCCGUCGAUCAGCCGCUGAGCACGCAGGACGUCACUGCGGUGUUGCAGAAAGUCGUGUCUUGGGUCUGUAGCCAAUGA